AUGGCACAGAUAUACCACUAUAGCCUGUAGAACUGUAAACACAAAAUAAGCAGAGGUUCUCUUUACCCCCAUCGCCUUGAGCCAACCAACUGACAGCAAAGUAUCUUACCCAUAACAAACCAUCUCUUACAGUACACAAAGCGCGUCAGAUGAGAAGAUCCUCACUGCCUGGGACACGUCUCUGACUCAGACUCUGAGAUGUUGUAAAGCAUCAGAAUUUGUUGGCGACGCAAGAUAACCAAUUUGGACAUAACUGAACUCUUGAACACUGCACAAUGGUUCAAGGUAUUUCAGAGAUGGCUGCAAUGUGUGUUGGCCUCAUCGGGCUGAUCGGGGCAGCAGCCACUACGGGGAUGCCCAUGUGGAAGGUGACAGCUUUCAUUGGGGAGAACAUCAUUGUGAUGGAAACCCGCUGGGAGGGCUUGUGGAUGAAUUGCUACAGACAGGCCAACAUCAGAAUGCAGUGUAAGGUGUACGACUCCCUGCUGUUCCUGCCCCCGGAGUUACAGGCAGCCAGGGGUCUGAUGUGCUGUUCUCUGGCCUUGUCGGGGCUGGGGCUCCUCGUGGCUCUGGCAGGAAUGCGCUGUACAUCCUGUAUUCAGGAUAAUGAUCGGGCUAAGACCAUCAUCCUGAUGGUUGCAGGUGGUAUGCAGUUCAUGGCCUGUAUCUGUGUCUUUAUCCCUGUGUCCUGGACAGGUCAUGUCAUCAUUAGAGAUUUUUACAAUCCUUUGCUAAUUGAUGCCCAGAGGAGGGAGUUGGGAGAGGCUCUCUACAUCGGUUGGGUGACCGGCGCCUUCCUUUUCGCCUCAGCCAUGUUGUUCCUCUGCCGCCGCAUACCCUCGGACAAAGGCUCAUUUGACGUGUACCACCAAACCAACUUGCCCAGCAAACCAAUUUUAAUGAGGUAUCAUCCCAUCCCAAGUCUCUCCAGCCUCCGAUCUAAUGUAUAUCAUCCUUCUCUGCAGAACAACGGCUCUGUUGGACAACAACUUGCAACACCACUACAAAACAUCCCUCAAGUAAUGACAAAUGAUGAAGCACUAAUCAACUUUCCUGCUGUCUAUAAUCCAGGUCUGCCUGAAAAUGCAUCAUUGUUAUAUCAAGGCAGUAUGGCUCACCAUUCCUCCAUGCUGAGUUCUAACCAUGUUGGAAGCGUGUAUACACCAGGCAACUCCCUGUACAUAAGCCAAAACACCUUGCCACAUCCACCAACUUAUAUCGGCAACCCUACUGCAUCCUACCAAUCUAGUUUUCAUCCGGUUCCACACACUCCUAUUUUUAUUGGAUACAAAGCAUCAAGAAUCGAACCAGAGUCUCACAGUGGAAGCAGUGGCGGUGUGUACAUAUAAACAAAAACCAUGAGUGAGUUUUUAUAGCUGGUAUAGCUUUACAGACACAAAGCACUAUGCUUUUAUAGUAUAUCGAAAGCUAAUUUAGACUGCUAUCAUUAGGGGAAAGAUAAAGGUUAAUUGUUUUGUCUGCUUAUAUUUAGCAUUAUCCUGAUGCACAGACUAAAUCGUGUUUUUUUUUUUCUACUAAUACACUUUUUAUAAUUUGUGUCGUGAAAAAAGCAAAAUAUGGGUCAUUUAAUCAGGUUGAAUCUAACUGCGGUUGUUGUUAAUGUAAAUAAAAGGUUACAUUGUGCUUUAAUUAAGUCCUGGUAUGGGCUUACUUUCCCAAAAAAGAGAGACUUGUGAGAAAUCACCUUUUUGGACUUCAUGGCUUUUUGCAUAUAUGUAACCAUUUGUUCAAUAUAUUUUUUACAUUUUUUGCAGUUAUUAUUGUACAUGUUUCAAUGUUUUUUGUUUUUUAAUGUCUGUUACUAUCAACAUGUCUUUGUAACCACUCAAAUAAAACCCAUAAAGUGCUUAAGUAUAUAAUUAAAUAACUUACUCAUAGUUAUUUGUUAGAGUUUGUAUUAGUAAUUAUUAUCAAACAGAAAUUUUCAGUGACAAAUGCUUAGUAAUUUGCAAUUGCAGUUUGUAAGUUGCAGCAGUUCAAUAAGCAACUCUGGCUUUGUGUGGAGUUUUUAUGUUUCCCUCUGGGGUCAGCAGUUUUUCAAAGAUAAGCAGUUUUGAUAGACUGAGAGGCUGAAUUAGCCCUAUGAUGUACUGGCAGCCCAUUAAGAAUGAUUCCCUGUUUGCUGCUAGGAUGGGCUGACUGUGUUACAAUUCAGAAAUAAACAAGUAAAAUGAACAAACUAAUGUCACAGAUGAAAUAUGUUGAAAAUGAAUAAAACAUUAAUAAAUUCUGUAU